AGUUGCACCUAGGUUUCAAACUUUCGUUGCACUUAUCGAUUUAAUUUCUUUACAUCAAUUAAUCAUUCCAUGGCUUCUUUCCAACUUGAUGACCAGGUUCUGAUACAAGAGACUUUGUUUGUGAGGAUAUUGACCCUAAACAGGCCUCGCCAGCUGAACGCCCUUUCCCUUGAAAUGCUCUCUCGGCUGUCACAACUUUUCUUGGCCUUUGAGGACGAUGCCAAUGCCAAGUUGAUCAUUCUCAAGGGUAAAGGAAGAGCAUUUUGUGCUGGCGGUGAUGUAGCCACCGUUCAUCGUCGUUUUCUUGAAGGAAAUCUGAAAUUUGGUGAAAAAAUUGGUGAGAAGCUGCUCACCUUAACCUACUUGGUAGCAACAUGCAGCAAACCCCAGGUUUCAAUUCUGAAUGGGAUUGUCAUGGGAGGUGGGGUUGGUAUUUCAGCACAUGGCAAAUUCCGUGUAGCAACAGAGAAUUCGAUCUUUGCAAUGCCAGAAAAUUCUCUGGGAUUGUUUCCUGACGUGGGCUCCUCUUAUUUCUUGUCAAGACUUCCCGGAUUUUUUGGAGAGUAUUUGGGUCUCACAGGUGCAAGGUUGGAUGGUGCUGAAAUGCUUGCUUGUGGUCUGGCAACUCACCUUGUCCCCUCAGCCAAAUUGUCCCUUUUGGAAAAAUCUCUAAUUUCCAGAACAGCUUCAGCUACUUCAUCAAGCUUUGAUCUUGCUUUUAUUUCAGCAAUUAUAGACGAACACUCCUUGCAGCAACCGGCUCUGAACGAGAAAAGUGCUUUACACAAAAUGGAUGUCAUUGACAAGUGCUUUUCCAGACCAACAGUUGAAGAUAUCUUAAGUGCCCUUGAGAAGGAGGUUACUACAACAGAUGCAAACAAGGCAGGUGAUGAAUGGCUAGCUUCAACGAUUCGAUCGCUGAAGAAGGCGUCGCCGAUGAGCUUGAAGAUUUGUUUGAGAUCCAUUAGAGAAGGAAGGGUGCAGGCAAUGGAUGAAUGUCUUGCCCGCGAGUACAGAAUAAGUUGUCAUGUUAUGAGAGGGCAAAUCAGCAAGGACUUCAGAGAAGGUUGCAGAGCUAUAUUGUGGGACAAGGACAAGAAACCAAAGUGGAAGCCUUCUAGUUUGGAGCUCAUCACUGAGCAUAUGGUUGACCACUACUUCUCAAGGUUGGAUGGUGAUGAAGAAUUAAAGCUCCCUCAAAGAUGCAACUUGAAUGUAUUUGCCAAUGCCAAGCUUUGAGCUAAUUGUGAUUUUGGGGUGUUCCUACCUAUACCUAUCAAAUAUUUCAAUUCCCACCCUAAUAUUAUUCCAAUUUUAUUCGUCUACACCCCACACCCCAGCAUUUUCUCACUCCACACCACACCACGCCAACUUUUCUUUUUUUGUGUGUGUGUGUCAAAGUUUAAAAGGAGAAUA